AUGAGCACGCACACACCACCACCUCUGUAUGAGCAGACCAAGCAAAGUCUGCUGAAGAAUUGGAUGACAUCCAGCAUUGCUCUGCAGAGUCUACCCACCCAGAUCUUCAAGGAUUUAUUCAUGGAUGCCUUCAUGGGGGAGCACCAUGAGGCACUGAAAGAGAUGAUGCUGGCCUGGCCACUCCCCUGUCUCCCUUUGGGGUCCCUGCUAGAAAUGUGGAAACCACAACCUGACCUGCAAAAAUUCCAGAUGGAGGAGAGAAAGGUACAGGCACUUAAAUUUGUUCUGGAUGUGCUGGAUAUGCUGCUGACCCAGAAGAUUUGCCCCAGCACAAGGAAACUGAAGGUGCUGGAUUUGAGGGACGAGCACAGCAUCUUCUGGAGAGUGAGGCCCAGGGCCAUGGCCCAUGCCUCUGCACCAGACUACACAUGUAUAUUCCACUUCCUGGAGGACCCUCUAGUGACCAGGCCACCGCAGCUCCUGAACGUGAUGUUAGACCUCUGUGUGAGAGGGACUCUAGACAAAUUCCAAACCUGUCUUCUUGAGUGGGCCCAGCCAAGAAGACAUUUGAUUCGCCUGUGUUGUAGAAGGAUGAAUAUCUAUGGGAUGCCCUUUAAUGCCUUCCUGGAUGUCCUCAACAUGCUGGAGCUGAACUGUGUUCAGGAAGUCAAAGUGUGCCGUCUUUGGGGUGUGAAAAAUAUGGCAUCAUUUUCUCCUUUUCUGGGUCAGAUGAGAAAUCUUCAAAAACUUACUAUCUCUCCAUUGUAUAAAAAUACUGCAUCUUUUACCCAUUCCUCAUAUGCCACUAAGGCAUGA